UGAGAUAUUACUCAUUGCGAUCAGCGGUGUUUUCAUAUUCUUAACUUAUCAUUUGCUAAGAUGCCGUGAUUGUGUGCGGAAUUUAGACUUUAAUAAUUUUAUGUUUUUUUUUUAUUAUUCGCACUUGUAAGCUUAUUAAGAUGACCUUCCAAUCUCAACCAAUCUCGCAAAGACCUAUGAAAGAUGACUCGUACGACAAGAAUUAUAAGGAUGCACGUAAGAAUUGGGAUCCGGUGACAGCGGCCCUCAUGUGGAUCGAAAAUAAUUCACAAAACAUUGAGAAGUACUUUGAAAGAAUACCAGCUUACAUAAGCAAUUAUAUUGCAACACUUGCUAUAUUUACUUUUGGUGCAACGCUAAGAGGUGAGUGGGUCGUAAUCCUGAUAUCAGCUCUGAAGCAGUUCUACGGCCACACACAGAGUGAACGCAAUGUUACUACUGAAGAGAUAUACAAUAUGUUCACAUCUCAGAACCUUAAGAUGGAGAACUUUGGCUUUAUCUUCAUAAUAUCACAUAUCGUUUCGUACGGGAGCUACUUUGGGAUUAGUGGAUUUUUACAUUGGUACUACUACACCAACCGUCGCCAUGUAGCUCAUGAAUGGAAGAUACAACCCACCAAGUGGCUAUCACCUGAACUGGAACGUCAUGAGAUCAUGGUGGGAGUGGUAUCGUUGUUCAUCACCGGGUCGUUUUCUGCGUUCCUUGCGACAUACAUCGCGAACGAAAACCCGUCUUCUGUGUACUUCCAGUUCAAUGAAUACGGGUGGCUUUGGUUUUUCCUUCAGUUCCCCGCCAUCUUUAUUUAUCAGGACUUUACAACAUACAUACUGCAUAGAAUGUAUCAUACACCGUGGCUUUACAAACACUUCCACAAACUCCAUCACAAAUACAAGCAGCCUACAGCAUUUUCAGUGACAGCUAUUCAUCCCUUCGAAAUUAUGCACGUACAGUCCACAAGUUGCCUGCCACUGUUCCUGUUUCCUGUUCAUUGGCUGCCUUUCUACAUAGUGGUAUUGUAUACUUACUAUCACGGCACGAUAGACCACUCCGGUAUUAACUUCAAGGCACAGUGGUGGCAGCCAUGGCAACCAGAUGCAGAGUUCCACGAUCAACAUCACGAGUUCUUCCAUUGCAACUUCGGAUUCAAUAUGAGCAUAUGGGAUAAGUGGUUCGGUACAAUGAGAAAAAACAAUCGAGUGUACACAGAGAAAACAUUUCAUGGAGAAGCUCCCACUAUUGAUUCACCUGAAGCAAAAGAAAUAAUUGACAGUGACCCGGAGAUUAAGGAAACAGUGAAAAAAAUUAAAUCUUCUCUCAAUCUAGAAUGAUUUAUGCCAUUCUUAGUAUAAAGCCAAAGUAUAUGCACUGUGUGACACAAAACCAAAAAGGGAUCUUUUAUAUUUUUGAUAUUAUUAAAUUCUUGUUAAAAUUAUCACCAAUUCUGUUUGAGGCUUUCUAACAAUGUUCGCGAAGAAUGAAGCAAGGAUUACAUUUUUGUAAAUUGUGUCCCUCGACAAUUUCAGUGCCUCCUUUGUUUUAUCCUUUUAGUCUGCCUUCCUUUGGGUAUCCUUAAUAAAAUAGACCAUUCCCGUGAGUGUCUGUGUUAUCAUAAGUUUUAUUUUAAGUCUAGCUGUAAAUUCAAUAAUAAAUGUAGCUAAAAGAUUUUAUCUUCCUCUUAAGAGGUUUUAUUGCGCAGUUUCUGGAAUUUAAGAUAGAUUAAUGGUUCACCGCGGGGCUGUUUUUACACUUUUAAUUAUUCCUUACGAUGUCUGUUUUAAAUAGAAAUGGCUAUUUUGUAUAAUAAACUGCUUUUUUAGCAUUAA